AUGGAACCCAAAAUAAAAAAUUACAAAGACACACUUUCGUUACCGGAAUGCGAAAAGACAAAUUUGAAUUUGACAACACCGUUUUCGAUCAAUGACAUUUUAACGAGGGAAAAUGAAACGAAAUGUGACUACGAGAACUUCGCGAAUUCGGGAUUUAAAGUGAAUUUUUUGGGAAAGCCCGCCAGUUUGAAAGAGGAUAAUUAUCAGAGGAAGCAGGUUGUGGAGAGCAAUAUGAAGUAUUAUGAUGACUGCAGCAGUGCGUAUCGUGAUUACGGCGAUGAUGGAGCUUUGGAUAUGACUAGAAAAAAUAAUUUUCCUGUCACAGAAUUAUCAGAUGACUAUGACUCCCGAUCAUCUACCCCAGGAUCCCCAAUUCGUCGCAGCAACUCAUCCCCUAAUUCUGAUAUCAGCUAUAAACCUUUUAACCUCCAUUAUGAACCAGGAAAGUGUACAACACCCCCUCCAAGCGACACUGGAACUCUUCACUCAACAAACUAUAACCACAUGAACGAAUACACACAAAAUGGCGGACGAAAGAAGCGAUCGAGAGCUGCCUUUUCUCACGCUCAGGUUUACGAGCUUGAGAGACGGUUCAGUCAACAAAGAUACCUCUCCGGGCCCGAACGCGCUGACUUAGCAGUAAGUCUCAAACUCACCGAAACCCAAGUCAAAAUAUGGUUUCAAAAUCGACGGUACAAAACUAAAAGAAAACAAAUGCAAAUGCAGGAAAGCGGGAUGCUAGCGGCGGCAGCGGCUGCAGCCAACCACGCCCGAAAAGUAGCCGUCAAAGUUCUAGUCAACAACAACGGACAGCCCACUUUACCCGAUCUAAAAACAUAUCAGACCCCUUUAAUUUCAAAGUCGUUAAAUCCGGCGUUGUUCACGCCUCCGAACCUUUUGGAAGGUUCUCCAAUUUUAAAACAUUUUGCUGGCGUCUACGGCGUAGACUUUGUUAAGAACCCGGAGUACAAAGCGCUGCUACAAGAGUCGUAUAAUCAAGCUGUUCUACAAUCAUUAUACGGGCCACAUCUGGGCGUCAAUUAUCCCAAUAUACCAUUGUCAUACAUGUACUAUCCAAGUCAUUCAACGUUUGGGAUGCCUGCACCAUGUGAUAUGGAGAGAAAUCAGGGAGAAUCAAGUAUUGACACAAAAGAGUUUGGAGAAGACAGCGCGAGAACGAAAAAUAUUAACGAAAACAGUAACGAAAGUAUGGCUAGUAAUAUCGAGGUAGAAAACUAA